AUGCUUUUGAAGUCUUUGUUUCUGUUCCUGGCGGCCUUGUUUCAGGCCUGCGCCGCCGAGACGAGUUUUCUGUCGGUGAACUCGCGCCGGUAUCGGGACGCCCUUGGAGACGAUCAAGUGGGUUCCUUAGAGGAGCUAACGAAGAUCAGUGAUGCCGAGGAGCCUAUGGUGUGGUUCAAGUUUGACAAGUUCGACUUGCUCGGCGAGCUCGCGCGGUCGACCGCGGAAACCAGAUUCCUGACCGCUUUCUUUGAGGGGUCCGUCACGGACGUCCUGGACCAGGACAGCAGCUCUAAAGCUGCGGAAAACGUGCGGUCCGAGAAAUUCGAGGUCGCUGAGAUCCCAGCGUCUGCUUUUGAGUCGCUGUACGACCGCGUGCACCCCAGCGACGGCGCCCUCGUGUUCGAGUUCACGGAGUCCAACUACGACCUUGCGUUGUUGGACGAGUACCUGGAGGCUGUCUACAUCUACCUAGAGGAGACACUCGCCAACAUUGACAACUUGGCCUUCCAGGUGCCAACUUCCGGCAAGAAUUACGCCCGCGCUCACAGCAAAGUGGAGGUCACCGACCCAGAAAAAAAGCCCGGCUCCUCGACCGAUGGCGUGCAGAGCGCGUUGUGGACGGAGGGCCUAAUAAGCUGUUUGAUCGUAGCAGCCUUGUUGUUGUGGAUUCUUGUCAUUGCCAUUUCAUGGAUCACCAGCCUCGACAUCAGCUACGGUGCACUGGAAAAGCCCGCCAACCCUCUCAAAAAGACGAACUAA